AUGUGGUGGUUAUUUGUGCAUGCAGCUAUCUGCGUCAGCUUCCUCGCGUCAGCGCUCGCGACAUGGUUCCCUAAGAACCUACCGGCAUUAGUUAGAGCAUCUUCUGUUGGUCAUUUAUUGCUCGGACUCUGUCUACUGCUUACACCGAGCUAUUUUCUCGGAAUUACGGUCCAAGGAAAUUUCAACUCGCUACAUGCGUUCUUGCAGUCCUAUUGUGCACCUUUUCAUCUAGCUCUCGCCUAUUUCUUGCUGUCACCUGCCGGAUUUCCUCAGGAGAAACCAUUUGUAUUUGGUCAAGCGUUUUGCGCUCUACUAUCGCUGUUAACAAGACUACUUACUGCUUGGCAUCUUACUGAGAAAACCACUCGUGGACUUCUUAUAUCAGACCAGUUUAUUCUGUGUGCUUUCCUCACUGAAGGGGCAUGGCUUGUCUGUGAAAGCGUGAAACUAUUCACCUACCAGAAAACCAACCAGGAUGAAAUCGAUCAAAUGUGCAAGAGGACAACGCUAUGGCUGGAGGGAAAAGGUUCAUUCUACUUCGAGAACGUAUUCUACAUUGAUGCCGCACUCAGUCUCCUGAUGUCAUUCACUCAUUUCGCUUUCCCUCAACAUAUUUUGAAAAUAGUGGCCCAAGUCAUGGUGUUCCUUCUGAAUGUUUUCGGGCACUGGUAUCUUGGUAUUUUCUCACCAAAUCACAUCUCCGGAUUCAUGAUCUCAGGAUUUUAUAUGUCAUUCCUGUUCUCCGCCUUCUAUCGUGCAACUUCGCAGUAUAAGAAUCUUCCACACAUCACCAUUCGUCAGAAAACAAAAGCCACAUGA